AGUGCAGAGGUAACACUUUGCACUCUCCACAACACAACUGGCAGGACAGCAGCAAUAUCUCACACUAUCUGACGUUACAAAAGCCUUGUUCACAUUUAGCAACACUUUUUUUUACACAAGCCACUCUCAAACACUGAGCAACAUUUAUUCUCUCAACCAGACACACUUAUGUCAGGCUAACUCAAGGACAAUGAUGGAAAUUAUGGUUUGUCCAAUGGGAGGAGGCGCUGCUCGGCUGUACAGCGCCCUGGCCCAGCCCCUCGACCUGGCUCCCUCUGACCAUCCCAGCCCUGCCUACCAGGACCCCCACAGCGGCUGCCUGACCCCCCCGGAGCCUGCAGACCCCCUGGAUCUCCUGAGGGAGUGCGAGGAGGCCCUAAGGGACCGACCCCCCCGCCCGCUGCGUGCCUUCAGCAGCGCCCGUGAUGCAGACACCCACCCCUCCCCCAAUGGGUCGAUCAGGGUGAUGCAGUGGAACAUACUGGCUCAAGCGCUGGGUGAAGGAGUAGACAGUUUCGUCCACUGCCCCUUGGAUGCCCUCAACUGGGCAAUCAGAAAAUACCUCAUCCUGGAAGAAAUCCUGACCUACCGACCUCACAUCCUGUGUCUUCAGGAAGUUGAUCACUACUACGACACCUUCCAGCCAAUCCUGGCCAGCUUGGGUUACCAAGGUCACUUCUGCCCCAAGCCCUGGUCACCUUGUCUCGACGUCGAGGGCAACAAUGGGCCAGAUGGCUGCGCCCUCUUCUUCGACCAAUCGUACUUCGAGCUCCUGGAGAGCGUCAACGUCCGUCUAUCGGCUAUGCUGAUACCGACCAAUCAGGUGGCCGUGGUAACUACACUCCGUUGCCGGGCGACAGACCGACGCCUGUGCGUCGCCGUGACGCACCUCAAGGCCCGCAGCGGCUGGGAGUAUCUCCGUAGCGCCCAGGGCUCCGACCUGCUCCGGCACCUCCAGAACAUCACUCAGGCCCGGGGCGUGGGCGGCGAGGGCCCCUCUGGCAGGGCCUCGGGGACCCCCCUGCUGGUCUGCGGUGACUUCAACGCCGUCCCCUCGGAGGAGGUGUACCGGCGCUUCGCCGCAUCGCCUCUCGGCCUCGACUCGGCCUACAAGAGGCUGAGCAGCGAUGGCGUUUCAGAACCAGCCUACACGACCUGGAAGAUACGGCCCACUGGAGAGUGCUGCAGCACGCUGGACUACGUCUGGUACUCCCAGGACCAGCUCAGGGUGGAUGGCGUGCUGGACAUGCCCACAGAGGAGCAGAUAGGCCCCAACAGACUCCCGUCCUACAACUACCCAUCGGACCACCUCUCACUGGUGUGUGACUUUAGUUUCACUGACCGGGGAGAGUGAGGGAGGAAAUAGAGUGGGGGGAAAAAAAGAUGGAAAUGUAGUGCCAUAACUGCUCAAGUCUUCUCUUCUACUGGAGAGUGAGCUCCGGGUUUAGAAAAAAAAGGAGGGAGAGUCGGAGAGAGUAAAAGAAGGGAUGGUCUGUCGAGCAGCAGCACCUGACUGGCUCUGUUGUAAAGUGGUUCAGGUGGGUGGAUAACCUGCACAUGCUCCUGACCUGGGAUAUCUGGGUGUUACCCCACAUCAGAACACAUGGCUGGAUAUCACACACAGGCUUGCUGAGACUUGAGAGUUUUGUGUGGGAAUACCAUUUAGGAAAAUAACGGUCUAAAGCACUUUGGUUUGUACAAAACUGGUUUGUACAAAAGUACGUGUAAGCCUUUCUAUUAUCAGUCUAGUCUGUCAGUCUAACCCUGUGCUUACUGUAGGUGUGUAUGCAACUAUGUUUUAGCAUUUUCUUUACUUAUACCUGCUCAGAGCUAUUGAGUUAAGGGAGAUACGUUCAGUUACCUCAGAACUUGGACGUACAUACAAACACAAAAUGACGUUUUAAGCCACCGGAGUACAUUUGAUAAACUGGGGUUUUGGAAGUAUUUGGGAAGUUAAAAAAGUUAUUCCACAGAUAUAGAUUAAUUAGUUUGACCCAAGUUUGGAACGUGGUGCUACAGAUUCAUUUGUUUUAUGUUCAAAGCCAUUGGUUCACACUACUUCUAAGGACUAAAUUGUCCAUUUUAGAAAUGGUUUUUUAUGGUGCAAUGUGAAUACCUUGUACCUUGUUGUAUCAUACCCCCAAAAUAAAAUUAUACAAAAUUAAUCCCAGGUUUUUUCCCCACACUCUCCUUUUCUCUCAACUUGACCCCAGGGGUCAGUGCCCUACCCCAAGACCCCGUGGGGUAGUGGGUUGAGAUCAAGGGCCUAAAUCACAACAAUCUGGAUUCAAAUCCAUCACAGAGCGUAGUGCCAAACACAUCCAUGGACCCAGAUCCCUGUAACUGCAGCACACUCCCCGACUGUCCAGAUCCCUGUAACUGCAGCACACUCCCCGACUGUCCAGAUCCCUGUAACUGCAGCACACUCCCCGACUGUCCAGAUCCCUGUAACUGCAGCACACUCCCCGACUGUCCACAUCCCCUCUCCCAACUGUCCCACCAGGAAAGGCUCAACCAAGAGUCUAAAAAUAAAUUUACUUUUUAUCAGUUUUAUUUAUAAGUCGAAGAGCAAAAAUGUAGCUGUAGGAAAACCCUCUCAGCCAGAUUUGAAUACAAGCCCUCUCACACAGUAGCCCACAUCCUUGCCACUGAGAUAUCAGGGAUCAUAACAAUCUCCGCUCAACAUGAACUCGACUUGACGUUGAACUAUCUAGUUGUAACAACCUGCAUAGUUGAGGUGUCAAAAAACCACAAGAAAGCAGGGCUUCCUUGUUAGCUCACUGGGUUAGUGUGCAUGCCCUGAAAGCUGGGGCGGCACUGCAACAGCCUGAGUUCACAUCAAGCCUUCACCCUUUUCUGUGCGUCUUCCAUCUUUUCCUGUCACACUCUUUUUAACUGUCCAAUACAGCAUGCACUAUACUGAAUAUAAUCGUGAAUCGAUUUUUUAUCGAAUCGUGACCCCAAGAAUCGAUUCGAAUUGAGAGGUACCAAAAGAUCCCCCCCUACCAUCUAGUGGUGAAAGAGGUUCCAUUUAUGUGAAGACAGUUCAUCAGUGUGAGGUCAUUAAGUCUGUUGUCUAUUCACCCAAUGUCAACAGUGAUUUGAAAGUAGAAUGUUUGAUUUUCUACAGCAAAGAUGGAAAGGCAAAAAUAAUUUGCAAGCACAACACAAUGGUUUCAAAUGUUUUUUGAUUUUAUAUUUCAGUAAAAUCUACUUGAAUACACUUUGAAACAAGAGUACAACAAAAUAGAAUAUACUUCAAAUGUUGAAUAUACAAACUAGUUCAGUCUGAACGCAAACAUCUCUUUCUCCCUCGAAAUCGGUUAACUAGGAAAGGCAAAAUGCAGUGGACAUGUCGGGGGGGGGUUAUAAACUCAUGCUGCCGAACAACCUGUCGAUUUCAAAUAGCUAGAAGUGAAGCGUUUAAAAGGGCAGUGCAGGGUACCCAGGUCAGUUAUUACAGAUAAGGGAG